AUGAAUAGCGACUCCAAGGAGAUGGCUACGUCUAGCAACGGGGCCCUUGACGCCCAGAAGCCACCCGGUGGGUGGAUGGACAUUCGAGAUGAAGUGGCAGCUGCGUAUGGAUUCGAUGGAGACACCAUUGAGGAUAUUUACCCUUGUGUACCGAUGCAGCUUGGUCUACUGUCGUUAGCACUCCGGAAACAAGGUAAUUACAUGCUCCACGCUCGCUUCGACUUGAACCCCGAGGUGGACUUGGAGCGAUUUCGACAAAGUUGGAGCCAGGCACAUCGCGACAUUCAAUCAUUACGGACAAGGUUCGUGCAUCAUGAGAGCCAUGGGCUGUUGCAGGUUGUCCUUCGCGAGGAGCCCGAAUGGGAUGAGGCAGACGAUAUCAAGCAAUAUCUGGAUCAGAGGCAGGCCAAGGAUUUGGAACUCGGUGGCUCGCUUUCACGCUAUGCUAUUAUCACGCCCAAGGAUGGCCAGAAAGCCAUCUUCGUUUGGUCGGUUCAUCACGCGCAACUGGACGGCUGGUCCGCCGUUGUAGCGACGGCCUAUGUUUCGCAACUUUAUCACGGCACCGCCCGCGGUCCCCCAUUACAGUUCAAGGCCUACAUCGACUGGUUGGAACAACAGAACAUGAGCGAGGCAAAGGAGUAUUGGAGGCAGGCUACAAGCGGAAAUGCUGUGCAAUUCCCUGCCUCACAGGUGUCUUCAAACGAACCUCUACCAUUAACACGCAUGGAGCAUGAAUCAACAGGCGUUUCGCUGAAAGGCCUUAAAGUUAAACGAUCGGCACUGGUCUAUGGAGCAUGGGGACUGGUGGUCAGGUCAUUGACAGGAGCAGACGAAGCUGUGUUUGGUGCCGUAUUGUCUGGGAGGAGAAUCCCCUUGCCGAAAGUCAAGUUUGUUGCUGGCACUACCAUCACGACGGUGCCUGUCCAAGUACAGAUGGGCGAGAAUCCGCUUGUGAUCGAUUACUUGCGUGCAAUUGAAACGGAAAACACGCCGCGAGAAAAAUACUCGCACUUUGGCCUGGCAAAUAUCAGCCAGAUCAACUCCCACACCGAGAGCGCAUGCCAAUUCGGAACCAUUAUCAUUGUUCAAGCUGGCGAUGAGUUUUUAUUCAAAGAUGAGAAAAUGGGAGAGUGGACUAGAGGAAAGGAGAGCAUGGGAAACUCUUCUUAUAGUCUCAACAUGGAAGUCUACAUGGUAGACGAGCAUUCAACCAAGAUUGUUGCCGACUACAACAGUCAAGUCCUGCCAGAGGCUACUGUCAAAGGACUACUUGAGAAAUUGUGUUCUGUGAUGGAGCAGCUGGCUAAUUCCACCGAGGAGUCACGAGUCGGAGACAUCGAGCUGUUGAGUCUGGAGGAUCGAGAUCGAAUUUGGUCGUGGAACAAUAAAGUUCCACCUUCUCUGGAUCGCUGUCUUCACAAUAUGAUCGAGGAUCAGGCAGAGUCACAGCCAGACGCUCCAGCGGUUUGUGCGUGGGAUGGAGACCUGACUUAUACACAAUUGGAUCACAUGUCAACAGCGCUGGCCACCGCACUCAUACAACAUUGUGGCUUACAACCGGGAGCUAUUGUACCUCUUUGCUUUGAGAAGAGUGUUUGGUGUAUUGUUGCUGUUCUGGGUGUACUCAAGGCUGGCGGUGCCUUCCUCAUGCUUGACCCAACGCACCCAGAGAACAGGCUGCUUUCUAUCGUCGAGCAAACAGACGCCCAAGUAGUAUUGACAUCGGAAUCUUGCCAUGAAAUAGGGUCGAAAAUAGCACCGAAGGCAAUCCCGAUAGGACCAAGUCACCCUCCUCGCCCUGACAAGGACGCGACUUUACCUGUCAACGACCCAUCAUCCCCCAUGUACGUUAUCUUCACAUCAGGAAGUACUGGUGCACCAAAAGGCGCUCUUGUAUCUCACCGAGCUUUCUGUACAAACGUGCUUCAUCAAUCAAAGCCUCUUGGUUAUCACUCUAAGUCAAGAGUCUUUAAUUUUGCGGCAACAAUCUUCGACAUCUUUGUCCACGACUUCGGCAUGACGCUCGCGACUGGCGGAUGUAUUUGCAUUCCAUCAGAACAUGAUCGCAAGAACAACUUAGCAGACUCGAUUAGAGCCAUGGAAACAACGAAUCUCAUUUUGACACCCUCGGUUGCUCGGCUUUUUAAUCCCAAAGAAUUCCCCACCCUGAAAACACUCGUCGCUGGAGGAGAGGCGAUGACGCUGGAUAUCGCUAGGGAGUGGGGAGCCUGCGUUCAUGUAGUCAACGCGUACGGCCCCUCGGAAUGCACUCCUCAUUCUCUCAUCAACCCGGAGUAUGAAACUCCGGAGCAGAUAAUGCGUCUUGGAAGAGGAUAUGGUGCUGUGACGUGGAUCGUCGACCCCGCAGACCAUGACAAACUCGCACCUAUCGGGACCGUUGGCGAACUUGUCCUGGAAGGGCCUAUGCUGGGCAACGGAUACCUGAAUGAUUCUGAGAGGACUGCAUCAACAUACAUCCGAGACCCCUCAUGGUUAGUAGCGGGCACAGCCAACCAUCCUGGGCGACGAGGUGUGGUAUACAAGACCGGUGACUUGGGUUUCUAUAAUCUGGACGGAACUAUCACAUCGGCAGGACGAAAAGAUUACCAAGUGAAGAUUCGCGGUCAGCGAGUCGAGCUGGGCGAGGUGGAACAUCGUGUGCGUCGCCAUGUGCCUGAGGCUAAACACGCUCAGCAAAUGGUAGUCGAAGUGGUCCGACCAAGUGGUGAGGGAGCACAUCCACUGUUGGCUGUGUUUAUGUCCACCUCUUCCAAGGGAACGAAGAGCAAGACGAUGGACUUAUGCACAAUCGACAGCAAGGCCGAGGAUGCAUUGGUGGAACAUCUGCCAACUUAUAUGAUUCCUUCGUUUUACUUCAUGAUGCCCGGGCUGCCCAUGACAGCAACUGGCAAGAUCGACCGGCGGAAAAUUCGAACAAUGAUCGCUUCACUAUCAAUUCAGGAUCUGAACGCCUUACGCAGCCAAGCCGAAGGUGAUAAGCGCACACCUUCGACAGAUGUUGAGAAGAAAUUGCAGAGUCUCUGGGCCCGACUGCUUGGCAUCGAUGCUGCAACUAUCGGGCUCGAAGAUAGCUUCUUCCGCCUUGGUGGUAACUCAAUCAUUGCUAUGAGGCUUGUUGCUGAGGCUCGUAAAGAGAAUCUAACCGUGUCUGCUAUGGACAUCUUUAAACAACCGCGUCUAGCUAAUUUGGCCAAGUUGAUCGAGGCAAAUGCGCCUCUAAGCGUGACCAGUGCUGAUAUUCAGCCGUUCUCUCUCAUGGGUAGUGGAUUUAGCUUUCCCAAGCAUUCGGCUGAGAUUGCCCUUGCCUGCAGCGUUGAGGAGUCUCAGAUCGAAGAUGUUUAUCCUUGCACAUCCCUACAGGAGGGCUUGCUUGCUCUCACCAGCAAACAACAGGGCGACUAUGUGUUACAAUCUGUUCUGAAGAUAGCUUCAGGUAUUGAAAUAAACCGGUUUAAGAAGGCUUGGGAGGAUGCCGUGAGUUCGGUUUCCAUUCUGCGGACCAGGAUAAUCCAACACAAGGACCUCGGAUUUGUCCAGGUAGUGGUCAAAACCAGAUUUGACUGGGCGCACGCGGAAAGCCUGGACCAGUACGUCAAGUCAGAUCUUGAAAGGCCCAUAGAGCUUGGGCAACCACUUUCUCGCUACGCAAUAAUUCGUCAACAACACGAAACUAUGUUUGUGUUGACCCUCCAUCACGCGGUGUAUGACGGCGUUUCCUUACAACCCAUCCUGAAGUUGGUGAGCGACAACUAUAACUCUGUUCAAUCGAAACCUCCCGUCAAUUUCAGAGAUUUCAUGCGUUUUGUUGUGUCGCAGAAACCUGAAGAAAUGGUUAAGUUCUGGAGUUCACGGCUUGACGGGUACAACUCAACCCCUUUUCCACCCCCGACAUCCCAGUCUCUCGAGACCGUUGCCGAUGCGGCAAUUGAGCGUACCUGGACACACACCUACGCCAAUACCGAUAUCACCCUGGCGACACUUGUUCGGGCUGCUUGGGCAAUAGUUUCCCAUAUCCAUGGCGGCACUUCAGAUGUCGUGUUUGGCGCUACAUCAGCAGGUCGCAGUGCACCAGUGUUGGGCAUUGAGGAGGUCACAGGCCCCACGUUUGCAACAGUCCCAGUUCGUAUUCAGAUACAGCCUCAGCAGCUGGUUUCGGAUUAUCUCAGGACGAUUCAAGACCAGGCCACGGAGAUGAUCCCAUUCGAACAGGCAGGCCUGCAUGAGAUCUCUAGGAUUAGCAGUAGUACGAAGGCUGCCUGUAACUUCCAAACUCUCCUCAUUGUCCAGCCUCCGGACGAGGACUCCUUUACAUCUUCCGAGUUUGGAGAGUGGAGCAUUUGCUCCAAGGAGCAGUCAUUUAGCACUUAUGCUCUCACUAUGAACUGUUCUAUCAGCCCUGAUGGCAUGCAUAUAAAGGCGGUCUUUGAUCCCCAUGUCAUCACUCACGCAGAUGUGAAAAGGACUCUUGGUCAAUUCUGCCAUGUCAUGCAUCUUCUUGUUAAGGCGUCAUCAGAGCAAACGGUUUCGGAGAUGAGGACGAUAACAAAUGAUGAUCAAGAGAAGAUCUGGAACUGGAACUCCACCGUGCCACAGGCAGUAGAGUCUUGCUUUCAUGACAUCGUUGCUGUACAAGUUAGAGCAAAACCAAAUGGCCAAGCAAUCUCAUCUUGGGACGGCACGCUCACGUACAGUGAGAUGGAUCGUCUAUCUACACAGUUAGCUUACCAUUUGGUCGACACAGGGGUCCAGACGAAGACAGUUAUUCCGUUGUGCUUCGAGAAGUCUAUGUGGACCACCAUAGCGAUGUUGGCUGUGCUGAAAGCAGGAUGCGCUUUUCUGAUGCUUGAUCCCUCUCACCCUGAAACUCGCUUGAGCUCUAUUUUGAAGCAGGCUCAAGCAGAUGUCGUCCUAGCCUCUACGUCUUGCACACCACUCAUGUCCGGUUUGGUAGGCGGAGUAAUCCAGGUUGGGCCCGGGCUGAUACCAGAGACAUCCAGUCCAAUUGAAUUGCCCGUGGUCAACCCAGAAGACGCUAUGUAUGUCGUUUUUACGUCUGGAAGUACUGGAACUCCCAAGGGCGCUGUUGUAUCUCAUCGUGCCAUGGUUUCAGCAACGCAUUACCAGGCCACUGUGCUUGGAUUUGAUUCUUCGACUCGUCUCUAUGACUUUGCAUCGUAUGCCUUUGACGUUGGAAUCAGCAAUAUGACCAACACUCUUGCAAACGGAGGUUGCUUGUGCGUGCCUUCAGAGCAAGAACGGAAAAACUCACUCGAGGACUCUCUUUGCAAGACGGAGGCGAAUAUGGUCGAACUAACCCCGUCUGUAGCUAACAUUAUAGACUUUCAGAGACUAACGAAAUUGCGCACCCUUAUUUUCGGUGGCGAGGCUGUGCAAACAGAUGACCUUGCAAGGAUCCCGGCCAGGAUCCAAGUCAUCAACACCUAUGGCCCUGCGGAGUGUACCCCAACAUCGGUCCUUCACAUCCAAAGUUCUCGUGCGGUUUCGGAUACGAGGAUUGGUGAGGGAGUGGGUGUGGUCACAUGGGUUACUGAUCCUGAAGAUUCAGAUCGACUCGUGCCAAUUGGAACCGUGGGCGAGCUGCUCCUUGAAGGCCCUCUUGUUGGACUUGGAUAUCUGAACCAGCCAGACUUAACAGCAGCCGUAUUCAUCGAUAGUCCGAAGUGGCUGGUAAGCGGUACUAACAAACAAACUGGCCGGAACAGCGUCCUAUACAAGACGGGUGACUUGGUUCGAUACAAUGAUGAUGGAACCCUUGACUACGUUGGGCGUAAGGACACCCAAGUCAAAAUCCGCGGACAGAGGGUAGAGCUGGGGGAGGUUGAACACCACGUUCGCCAGUGUGUGCCCGCAGCUCAACAGCUACAAGUGCUCGCAGAAGUCAUUCUUCCAGUUGACCAAUCCAGCCCGUUUCUCGCUGUUUUUCUCUCAUCAAAAACGACAUUGGAAACGAAGGAUGGUGGCGAGAUGACUGUUCUAGCCAUCACUAGCGAGGUAGAGGAUAUUCUCGAGCGCCAACUUCCAAGCUACAUGGUGCCAUCCGUGUACUUCAAGAUCGCUCAGCUACCAAUAACCAUAACGGGAAAGACUGAUCGGAAGCGGCUUCGGGAAAUGGCUGCGUCACUUUCCACACAAAAACUGGCCGAUUUGAGAAGUAAAUCACAAAGCCGAAAGGAAAUGCCGUCAACUCCAGUUCAGAUUGAGUUAAGGGAUCUCUGGGCAAGAGUGCUGAAAAUUGAACUUGAUACAAUUGGUCUUGGGGACAACUUCUUCCGGCUAGGUGGUGACUCUAUUACGGCUAUGAGACUUGUUAGUCAGGCUCGCUCUGAAUGCAAUAUUGAGCUCUCUGUCAUGAACAUUUUUAAGCACCCCAGACUUGGAGCACAGGCCCAACUUUCCGUCAAGAUCUCUUCACUAGAAGAGAACACCAUCAUGCCAUUUUCGUUGAUGGGGGCUGAAUUUGACAUUGACGACCAUAAGGGAGAAAUUGCAAAGCGAUGUGGCGGCGUGGACUGCGUACAGGACGUCUACCCUUGUACUCCCCUGCAGAAAGGCCUUCUCGCCAUUACCAGCACGACCCAGGGCAAGUAUUUGCAGCAAGCCGUCCUUAAUAUAUCUCCAGACGUCGACUUUUCUCGGUUCUGUGACGCGUGGGAAGAGACGGCACAGCAAAUGCCUAUCUUACGAACCCGAAUCAUUCAGUAUGGAAAUUUUGGCCUGCUACAGGUCGUCGUUAAGGAUACUAUUCAGUGGAAGAGAGCUGGAAACCUGGAUGCCUAUGUUCAGUCCGACUUAUCAGCGCCAAUCGAACUAGGGAUGCCAUUAGCAAGAUAUGGGCUCAUCGAGGAUGUUACAACUGGGAAGAGACAAUUCGUUUGGACGUUACAUCACGCCAUUUACGACGGAGAGUCUUUGCCUAUGAUGCUCGACGUCAUGCAGAACAAGUAUAUGAGGCGAACUGAAACGCCCUAUGGCGACUUUAGACCUUUCAUUCAGCAUAUUCUUCAACAAGGGCAUGAUAAAGCAAAGCAGUAUUGGACGUCAAAAUUCUCCGAUUACCAAGCUGCUCAUUUCCCACCUCCUUCUUCUAUUGAGAAGCCGAUGUCAGACUCAACCAUGGACCAUGUCUGGAAGCGUGUUCCAUCUGCAAACUCCAACACUACUCUAGCUACCUUGAUCCAAGCCGCGUGGGCAACGGUGGUGCACUCGUACACAGGCGCCACGGACAUAGUCUUUGGUGCUACAGUUUCUGGGCGCAAUGCGCCCGUUACUGGAAUUGAGCGUAUUGCAGCUCCCACUAUUGCGACAGUCCCUGUCCGUGUGGUGAUCAACCCCAAACAAACAGCAGUCAGCUACUUGCAGCAGGUCCAGGAUGAGGCGACUGAGAUGAUCCCAUUUGAACAGACUGGACUUUCAGACAUCUCAAAGAUCAAUCAGAAUGCCCGAGAGGCCUGUGGCUUUCAGACACUCCUGGUUGUUGAGCAAUCAGGUGAGGAUUCAUUCAAUGAGCUAGGACGUCUCGGCCACUGGAACCUAUUGUCCGAAGACCAGGCUUUUGGAACCUAUCCCAUCACCUUCUCUUGUUCCAUCAGCCAGGACAAGGUCAAAAUCUCUACUGCUUUUGAUUCCAGGAUUCUUUGUCGGUGGGAAAUGUCACAAAUUAUCAAGCAGUUCUGUUAUUCCAUGGAACAGCUCUCUCAGAGUGAUGAAACUCAGACAAUCGAUGACAUUGCCACCAUUAUGCCAACCGAUAUCGACACGCUCUGGAAAUGGAACGAGACUGUGCCUGAGGCAAAUCCUGUUCUACUUCACGACCUGAUUGGUAACCACAUGAAAGCUCGUCCCAGCGCCCCAGCAAUCUGCGCAUGGGAUGGAGAGCUGACGUACGGGGAGCUGGACAGACUUUCUACAGGUUUGGCUUAUAAGCUCAUUGCCGCAGGCGUCAAACAACGAACAGUUGUGCCUCUUUGCUUUGAGAAAUCAAUGUGGUCGUCUGUGGCGGUAGUGGGUGUUCUCAAAGCGGGCGGAACGUUUUUGAUGCUUGACCGUGACUAUCCACCUGCGAGGCUGCAAACAAUCGUGGAACAAGCUGGGUCUGGGCUCAUUGUGUCAUCGGUAUCAGCUCGUUCCCUAUGUGAGCAGUAUGCGGAGACUGUAUUGGAGCUUGGACCAGACCUGGAAGUAACAGAGCCAAGAGUGACGCUCCCGGAGGUUGACACAGAAUCACCGGCGUAUAUCAUCUUCACAUCCGGCAGUACCGGUGUGCCAAAAGGUACAAUGAUCCCCCAUAGGGCAUUUGCGUCUGCCAUUUAUCAUCAGGCCGAGAAGUUUGGGUUCCGCACAGACUCUCGGGUGUUCAAUUUUGCGGCUCAAGUCUUUGAUGAUUUCGUCUUCGAUACGAUUGUAACCCUCUCUACCGGUGGUUGUCUAUGUGUCCCGUCCGAGUUCCAGCGAAAGAACGACUUAAAGGGAGCAAUGUCUAUCAUGAAGCCGACUCUGAUGUCAAUGACACCCACUCUCAGCAGGAUCGUCGACCCUGAAGACGCACCAUCUCUGAAGACAAUCUUGUUCGGUGGCGAGGCUCUCAACUUGUCUGAUGCUGAGAAAUGGUGGCCACAUGUCACAUUCAGCAACGGCUACGGGCCUUCAGAAUGUGCCUGUACCAGUGUUAUCAACUGGAACGCUACAAGCCCUGCUGAGGCCAUUGGGAUUGGCCGCGGAUGUGGUGCUGUGACUUGGAUUGUUGACCCGACCAACCACGAGAGACUGCAACCUGUUGGAACUGCUGGUGAGCUGUUGCUCGAGGGCCCGCUUGUUGGCCACGGCUAUUUUAAAGACCCAAAGAAGACCGCAGCUGCAUUUAUACAAGCGCCACAAUGGCUGAGGGAGAAUUUCGGCCGCACAGGCACCCUCUAUAAGACGGGUGAUCUGGUUCGAUAUAAUGAGGAUGGAACUCUCGCCUAUCUAGGCCGAAAAGACACCCAAAUCAAGCUCCGUGGCCAGCGUGUCGAGUUGGGCGAAGUUGAGUAUCAUGUGGGAAGUGUUAUUCCUGAGGCAAAAGAUGCCGAUGCCCUAGCGGCAGAUGUUAUUAUUCCAUCUGGGAGCAAGGCUAGUCCAUUACUUGCCGUUUUCCUCUCGAGUCGCAGGAUCAAGAUGGAGGCUGGAAACUCGAUACAGGUAUUGAGGGUCUCUAAUCAGCUGAGCGAUGUCCUCGCUGAACGUCUGCCUUCUUACAUGGUGCCCUCAAUUUAUUUCCUUCUUCCAAGCCUUCCUAUGACAGUGUCUCACAAGAUUGAUCGGAAGCGUCUACGAGAGAUGGCCGGGGCUUUUUCAGCGAAGCAACUCAGCGAGCUCAGCACCGAUGAUUCUAGCUUGAAGCGCCAGCCAUCAAAUGAGGUCGAAAUAAUACUUCAGCAGCUAUGGGCUGAUGUCCUUGUUCUUGAUCCGUCCGCAAUUGGUAUGGAUGAUAGUUUCCUGCGACUUGGCGGUGACUCCAUCACCGCGAUGCAAAUCUCAGCCCGAGCACGUCAGCUUGGAGUGCAGCUCUCUACCGGGGAUAUUCUCCAGAAAAAGACUAUUUCCAGACUAGCCUCCGAAGCUGUUUCUAUGCUCCCUGCCGAAAACGACAGCCGUGAAGGUGGACCAGAAGAGCAGUCUGAACAGCCCUUCGCCCUGUCACCGAUGCAGCAGCUACACAUAGAUCUUGAGGGUGGGCAGCUAGGGAACUUUGAUCAAUGCUUUCUCCUCCGCAUCAACAAGAAAGUCGCAUACGAGACACUUUUGUCCGCCUUCACCGCUGUUAUUCAACGCCAUGCGAUGCUCCGAGCGCGGUUCACUAGAACUGGCUCAGGAGACUGGAAGCAGCGUAUCUCCGAUGAUGCGGAGGCAUCGUUUGUUCUUCAUCACAUUCAAGAAAACGGAAAUAACACUGUAGACCAGAUUAUUUCGAAUUGCCGAAGUCAGCUCGAUCCUGAAAACGGGCUCAACGUGGUAGCAGCUUUCUUUCCAUCCGACAGCACUUUGUUUAUAUCUGUUCACCAUCUAGUCAUUGAUUUGGUAUCCUGGCGUGUGGUACUACAAGACAUUGAAAGCCUGCUCUUUCCUCGUCCGUUACCUCAAAACCUUUCGUACUCGUUCCGGCGAUGGCUGGCCGUUCAAACCCAACAUAUCCAAAGUAUUGAUCCCAUCAAGGCUAUUCCAUUCGAAUUGAGACAAGCUGAGCUAUCUUAUUGGGAAAUGCAAUCAUCUAAUACUUGGGUUGCACGAAAAACGGAGAAAUUUGAGCUCGAUGAAGACAUCACCGAGCAACUUCUUGGUAACUGCAACGACGUGUUCCAGACGCGUCCCAUCGAAGUUAUGGUUGCCAUGCUCAUUAACUCCUUCUCGAGCGUCUUCAGUGAUCGCGAGUCUCCAGCCGUGUAUGUCGAGGGUCACGGGCGUGAGCCAUGGGAUGAUGGCAUUGAUAUAUCGGAGACUGUUGGCUGGUUCACCACCAUGUUCCCUACCCAGAUAUCGUCCGAUGGAAGCAAGGAUCUGCUCCACUAUCAUGAUAUCCAAGAGUUCCAAACUAGCAUUUUGCCAGCUCUGAAUAUAAUCCUAGACGAAGUGGAGGAUGUGUUCCCAUGCUCGCCAAUUCAGCAAGGGCUUAUAGCUAGCCAGGCCAAGGACUCUAGCUCCUAUCGCGGAGGUCUUCUUUUCGAAGUGAGCCUUGCUUCGGGCGAUUCAGUCGACGCUGAAAAGUUGCUCAAGGCCUGGAAAGCAGUUGUCCGACGCCACCCUAUCCUUCGUGCCGUCGUCGUUGAAAAUCUCCCUGGUAGUUCGACAUCUGGACAUGUCGUUCUAAGAGACCCGGAAAUAGCUGUGUCUGUGGUACAAUUAGGCACUGACAUCGAUAAUGUUACUAUCGAGGAAGUAAAGAGCACAGCUUCCCUUCAGUCAAGCACAAGACCUCAGGUUCUAGAACACUCGUUUACCAUUGGUGUAUCGGAGAAUGGAAGAACAGUUGUAGAAUUGGAUAUGAAUCACACCAUCACAGAUGCACACAGUCGAGAUCUUAUCAUUCAUGAUUUGCAAGUCGCAUAUUCAAAGGGUCUCAGUGAGAAUGGUCCAUCCUACAGGAAUGUCGUUUCAUUCGUGGACACUCAGUCACACGAAGAAUCUCGACAACACUGGAUGGAGCUUUUGCAUGAUGCAGAACCGUCUUUGUUUCCAGUCCUCGCGGAGCCACCAGACGAUGAAUUGACCGGCGUCAGUGACAAAACCGCUACAACCCAAGUGGUAGGCCUCGAUAUGGACGCCAUUUACGCGUUCUGCCAAGACUGGGAGAUCACAAUAGCCACUGUUGUUCAAGCUGCAUGGGGAAUGGUAAUAUCCCGAUAUACUGGGCUCAAGACCACAUACUUUGGUAGCCUGACAUCUGGGCGCGAUUUACCUAUAGAUGGCAUCGAAGGGAUUGUUGGCCCCCUAAUCAACCUGCUGACUUGCCAUGUAGACUUUUUGAAUGAAAAGACUGUUUUGGAUACCCUCCGGGCCAUGCAGGAGAACUAUUUGAGAAGUCUCCAGCAUCAAGCUUUCGCUCUUUAUGAAUAUGACAUUAUUGUCUACGUUGGGCAUAGCCGUACAUCAAUUCAAAUUGAGCUUGCCUACAAACUGGGUUGUCUAGAUCUAAGCCAGGCUAACAAGGUGGCUGAGAUGUUUAGCAAAGCCAUCAAUCUUCUCGUCAACAACCCUGAUAGCCACAUCGCCUCCCUAAAUCCCUUACCCGAUACGGAUAGGGAUCAAGUCUGGGAAUGGAAUCAGGCUUUCCCCGCCGCGGCUGAGCGCUCUGUAAAUGAUCUUAUUGAUGAACAGAUAAAUACCCGGCCCAAUGGCGAGGCUAUUUGCGCAUGGGACGGUAGUUUGACAUACAGUCAGCUCAAUGCCCUUUCAACUCAACUCGCCUAUCGCCUGAUUCAACAUGGAAUCAAACCCGGCGAGAGCGUUGCUUUGUGCUUCGAAAAGUCUAUGUUUGCUCCAGUGGCAGUAUUGGCUGUUCUUAAGGCUGGCGCAACAGUCAUGAUGCUGGACCCAAGCCAACCUCAAACCCGCCUUCGUUCCAUCAUCUCGCAGGCUGAUGCUCGCCUUAUUAUAUCAUCCGUCACUCACCGUCUAGCAAGUUCAAGUCUCGUAGACAAAGUUAUUACCGUUGGCCCUGAAGCCAAAUUAGCUGAAAGCAGUGCCAGACCAUGCCCACUACCAUCGAUCAACCCUGCACACCCCAUGUACGUGGUGUUUACGUCAGGCAGUACGGGUGAGCCAAAGGGUGUUGUUGUCCCCUAUGGGGCGUUCUCAACCAUGACUCACCACCAAUAUGAAGUCAUGGGUUUUGGACCUGAGACGAGAGUGUUUGAUUUUGCUGCCCACAUCUUCGAUGCAUAUAUCAUGAACGUUGUCAUCACACUGGCUACAGGAGGCUGUAUCUGCAUCCCAUCGGAAGAGGAUAGGUUGAACAAUCUUUCCAGGUCGAUCGCAGAUUUGGAGGCCACUCUGGCAUUUUUGACACCAAGCGUCACCCGGACAAUACAGCCAUCUGAGGUGCCAUACCUCAAAACGCUUCUUCUGAUUGGUGAGCCCUGCAACAUCUCAGACGUCACGAAAUGGCGGGACGCCGACCGGAUAGUCAUCAAUGCAUACGGUCCUUCCGAGUGUACGCCGCUCAGUCUUCUCAACACGGAAGCCAAAACUGCCGUCGAAGCGCUGCGUUUGGGUAGAGGCAUUGGUUCUAUCACCUGGAUUGUUGACCCAGAAAACUCUGACCAACUGGCACCCAUUGGAGCGGUCGGCGAGAUGCUUCUUGAGGGACCACUACUUGGCCUUGGUUAUCUCAAAGAUCCUUCCAAAACGGCAGAAGCUUUCGUUCCAGCGCCAAAAUGGCUGCGAGAAGGCACCCAUGAUCACCCAGGACGGCACAGCACUGUAUACCAUACAGGUGAUCUAGUCAGAUACCACCCCAAUGGCACCAUCUCUUACAUGGGGCGCAAGAACACUCAAAUUAAGAUCCGCGGACAACGUGUAGAACUAGGAGAAGUCGAACACCACGUCUCUGAAUGUUUACCCGAGGCGUAUCGAGGGCGGCCGUUGUCUGCCGAAGUUGUCAUCCCAGCUGGCGCCUCUCCAGCAUUGGUGAUCUUCGUAGGAACCGGUCAAUCAGUUGACAACGCCAGCAAUGAUACGGGCUUGGGAGUACUUAGCGUCUCACGAGAAACGGAUGAAGCAUUGGUGGAGCGCCUACCAGCCUACAUGUUGCCCACAAUGUACUUCACUCUCCCUCGCCUCCCCAUGACAGCAACCGGAAAGACAGAUCGCAAAGAGCUACGAAGAUUGAUCUCGUCUUUCACUUCACAAGAGCUCGCAGAUCUUCACUCCAAGUCUCAGAGCCGCAAGCGGAUGCCGGCUAACGAAACUGAGGAGCAGUUGCAGCAGGUCUGGGCUAGAGUGCUGAACCUAAGCCAGACGUCAAUCGGCAUGGAUGACAGCUUCUUCCGCCUAGGCGGUGAUUCAAUCACAUCAAUGCAAGUUUCGGCACUCGCUCGUUCUCUACAAUUGCAGGUUUCCGUCACCGAUCUCCAUCGGAAGAAGACAAUUGGCAGGAUCGCCGCUGGUGUUACCCAGACACAGCCCGUCGUCGAUGCUAGGGAGGAGCUGGAUGAACAGCCUUUUGGAUUAACCCCCAUACAAGAGCUAUAUUUUCAUCUGCAACAACAGACACCAGGCACUUCGGACCAGUGCUUCUUCUUGGAGCUUAAGGAGCAAGUCUCUCUAUCUGUCCUAUCCAAAGCGAUUAUGACAAUCGUGCAACGACACUCAAUGCUACGAGCCCGCUUCAGGAAGGGCUCCAAUGGCAAGUGGGAGCAACUGAUCUCCAAAGAUAUCCAGAGAUCAGUUGUAUUAAAUGAAUCAGAGGCAGAAACCGAGGAAGAGCAGACCCAAUCUAUUGUCCAAUGCCGUGCUCAGAUCAAUGUUGAGACAGGUCCUCUAUUGUCGGCAACUUACUUUGCGUUGGGAGAGAAAUCCCGGUUGUUCAUGGCCGUGCAGCAUUUAGUCAUUGAUUUGGUUUCAUGGCGCCAUGAUGACGUUCAAGAUGUCUUUCCCUGCACUCCCAUGCAGAGAGGAAUCUUGGUUAGUCAGACCAAGGACUCAGGGAACUACCGCGUGGUGUCUCUCUCUACCAUGGCUGCUGCUGACGGCAGCGCAAUUGAUUGCAAUAGACUAGGCAACGCUUGGAAGAAGGUUGUUCGUCGUCAUGCGUUACUGCGGGCUGUGGUGGUGGACAACAUGCCAGGCACCCACGAGCUUGCCAAUAUUAUCCUUCGAGACCCUCAGCCGGAAAUAUUGGUUUUGCAAACAAAAAGCGAAAGUAUGACCCUUUCCGAAUUCCAAAAGCACUACGGUGCAACCACUCAGCAACAACUUGGGGGACUCCAGCAUCAUCUUGCACUAUGCCAGCUCAAGGGUGGUAAAGUGGCUGUAUGUUUGAGCAUCAAUCAUGCCAUUAUCGAUGCCCACUCCCGCGACAUUCUGCUUGAAGAUCUCAAGCGAGCUUACGUUGAAGAGCUUGAUGGAGAGGCUCCGUCUUUUAGAAACGUGUCCGCGUUCUUCGAACAACAGGUCCAUGAGGAAGCAGAGAAGUAUUGGGCUGGUGCCUUAGAGGCUGUUGAGCCCUCUCUAUUCCCUGAGCUAUCUGAGACACCAGAACAUGAUGUGAGGGAAAGAUCUGCAGAGGUCGUUAGUUUAGAUGUUGAUGCAAUCCAUGCUUUCUGCCAACAGUGGGAGGUUACUCUUUCUACCAUCAUUCAGGUGGCAUGGGCGUUAGUUUUGAAAGAUUACACGGGUUGCCAGUCACCUUGUUUUGGCAACUUGACCUCAGGCCGCGACCUGGACAUUGAUGAAGUCAACAAAAUCUUCGGUCCAUUGAUCAACAUUUUCACAGGCAGAAUUCACCUCGACGCCACAAAGACCAUCCUGGACACCAUUCGAGCCGCGCACGAGACCUACUAUGCCGUCACCGUGAGUGUAUUGCAGCAAAAUAAAGCGAUAGAUAUCUCAGUGUCUGCGCGGUCAAACUUCCUCUCCGGCGUCCAAGUUUCCAACCUCGCCGGCUCCUUGAGUAAGAUAGUCAAUACGCUUGUUAAAGAAUCUCAUCUCCUCGUCGGAGAUGUGGACUCUCUUUCGAUGGAUGAAAAGGAGAGGAUAUUUUCCUGGAAUAGCACCGUACCUUGCGUAUCUGAGCGCUGUGCCCACCAUUUUUUUGAUGAUUGGGCCAAAUCUCAGCCUGAUGCUCCAGCUAUCAGCGCGUGGGAUGGAGAACUUACAUAUGGGCGUCUCGAUGACCUAUCCACACGCCUAGCAAAACAGCUGAUCCUAUCCGGCGUGAGGCCUGGCGACAUGGUCCCCUUGGCUUUCGAAAAGUCAAUGUGGAUACCAGUGGCCAUCCUCGCCGUUCUCAAAGCUGGCGGCGUAUUCUUCAUGAUUGACCCAGCACACCCAGAGUUCCGACUACGUCGCAUCAUUCAGGACACAGAGGCAAAAAUUACUCUUUGUGAUAGUCAAAGUCUCCCGCUUGCAGUACGUCUGACAGGUCAUGCUAUUGAAAUUGGACCUGAAACUAUCCCUGAGGAUGAGAAGAGCGUCACCUUGCCCUUGACAAAACCAUCGUCUCCCAUGUACGUUGUGUUCACAUCCGGCAGUACGGGUGAACCGAAGGGAGUUGUUGUUUCCCAUCAAGCAUUUGCCUCUAACGUCUAUCAUUCCGCUGAGAUUCUCGGGUUCCGCCAAGGCACUAGGGCAUUCGACUUUACGGCCACCACUUUCGACGUUUUCAUCAGUAACACAUUGGUUCCGCUCUCAACUGGUGGCUGCGUGUGCGUACCAUCCGAGGUGGACCGGAAGAACGACUUGGCUGGCUCGAUUCACAGAAUGAAAGCCACAACAGCGGCACUGACAGCAUCCGUCAGCCGCCUGAUAAACCCAGAAGAUGUUCCCCUUUUGGAAAUGUUGACCCUUGGUGGAGAGUCAGUUACACAUGAAGAUACCUCGAGGUGGUGGGGUCGCGUUAAACUCAUCAACUCAUAUGGACCUGCAGAAUGCACUAUCCAGAGCAUCAUCAACUACACUUCCCAGGUCUCGGAAGAGGUCACUCGCAUCGGCAAAGGAGUGGGGAUGAUUCCAUGGGUUGUAAGUGUUGAUGAUUAUAAUAAGCUAGUGCCGAUUGGUACUAUAGGAGAGCUACUUCUCGAGGGACCACAACUUGCAAUUGGAUAUCUCAAUGAUCCCAACAAGACUGCCGAGGCCUUCAUUAAGGACCCUUCCUUUUUUCUGACUGGCACAGCCAAACAUCCUGGGCGUAAUGGGAUUGUCUACAGGACCGGUGAUUUAGUUCGCUACCACCAAGACGGCAGUCUGACUUUUGUGGGGCGCAAGGACACGCAAGUCAAGAUUCGAGGCCAACGUAUUGAGCUCGGCGAAGUUGAACAUCAUGUCCGAGAGAUCUUACCAGAGGCCAAGGAUGCUUCAUACAUCGCGGCAGAAGUCUUCACACCUUCUGGGGAGCAGGCUAGCCCCAUGCUCGCCGUCUUCCUGCCUACACGAACAGCGACCGACGACAACAAGAAGAUGACAGAGGAUGAGUCUCUGCAAGUCUUGUCAGUAUCCUCUGAUGCUGAAGAUCGGCUUGCAGACCGCCUUCCUGCUCACAUGCGGCCUUCGGUAUAUUUUUCAAUACCAGACAUGCCGUUGACAACCUCGGGGAAGAUCGACCGUAACUCUUUAAGAAAGAUGGCGGGUGCAUUUACAACGGACCAGCUGGCCGAUUUACUGACAAUGAGCAAUGGCGAUAAGCGGCAGCCUGCAACGGAGAUCGAGAAAAAGCUACAGCAGCUUUGGUCACAUGUACUUCAAGUCAAGCCAGACAAUAUUGGUGUUGACGAUAGUUUCUUUCGCCUCGGAGGGGACUCGAUUUCCGCGAUGAAGUUGGUCAGCACGGCCAGGAAGGAAGGGAUUGUAGUUUCAGUGCAAGAUAUUUUCCGCCAUCCAAGACUGGCCGCGUUAGCCCAACUAGCUGGUCAAGAAAUCCCCAAGCCCGACACAGAAGCCGCUCAGCCAUUCACUUUGCUACCUGCUAGCUUCCUCCAGUCAGCAAAUAUUUCUGAUAUUGCCACCAGCUGCGGUGUAACACCUGACGAGGUCGAGGACAUUUACCCUUGCACACCUCUCCAGGAAGGUCUUCUCGCCCUCACCGACAAGCAAGCAGGUGCUUAUACUUUCCAAGCAACUCUGACCUUCUCAGAGACGGUAGAUAUCUCACGUUAUAUCAACGCCUGGAAUGAAGCCACAAAAGCUGUAGCAGUACUACGCACGAGGAUCAUUCACAGUCCUGAUUAUGGACUACUUCAAGUUGUGCUCAAGCAUCAAGAUAACUGGGCAAAGCCAGAAAAGCGUACAACCUAUGGACUCGGACAGCCCCUAGCACAAUUCAAAGUCACGACGGGGACGUCAUCUAAGUUUGAGUUAACUGUUCAUCACGCCAUAUAUGAUGGUGUAUCUCUACAGAUGCUUCUACGCCUGGUUGACAGCCUAUACAAUGGAGUUCGGCCGACUACAGACUUCGCCUUUGCGUCUUUCAUUCAACAUAUUCAACAAACCCGAGAUGCCAGCGAGUCCUAUUGGCGAUCGGAACUGUCUGAUUAUCACUCAACUCCCUUUCCUCCGCUCCCACCGCAAGCAAGAGACCCCGUGGGAGAUUCUGUCCUGGAGCACCUUUGUGCAGUUCCUUCAGUGGAGCAAUCCGAUUUCACUCUCGCAACCAUCGUCAGAGCGGCUUGGGCCAUUACUGUAAGCACUCACAGCAGCGAUCACGACGUGGUCUUUGGCGCUACUGUGUCUGGCCGUAACGCUCCUGUGGCGGGUAUCGAGUCAAUUGUUGGCCCAACCAUUGCAACAGUGCCUGUUCGCGUUCAUCUGGACCCUCAUUCGUCCGUGGUGACCGUGCUUCAGGCCGUCCAGGAACAGGCUACAGAAAUGACACCAUAUGAACAGAUCGGUUUACAGGAGAUUGCAAAAUUGAGCUCGAGCGCACGCGACGCUGCCCAGUUUCAGACACUCCUAAUUGUUCAACCGCCGGACGAGGAUUCUUUGGGAGGAUCAGACGUGGGCAAAUGGCGAAAUGACUCGGACGAGAGUGCCUUCAGCACGUAUUCCAUCACGCUGAAUAUCUAUCUCGCACGCAACGGCAUGAAGAUUGUCGCUAAUUACGAUGCCAGAAUCAUAAGCCAAUGGAAGACACAGCAAAUCAUCCGCCAAUUCAGCUUUACGAUCCAGAGUCUCCUAACUCUUCUCAACUCUGACACGUCCGAGACACUGGAUAGUUUUACGACCCUUUCCCCGGAAGACCAACGGGAUGUUUGGUCUUGGAACAGUGAUGUUCCUCACCCAUACGAACGUUGCAUCACUGAUCUCUUUGCAGAACAGGCGGCAGAACGCCCCUCCGCGCUAUCAGUCAGUGCAUGGGAUGGCGAACUCACAUACAAGGAGUUGGAUCUCUUAUCGAGUACACUGGCACAUCAAUUGAUCGAUUUAGGGGUGGGGGCUGGGGUUAUCGUACCGCUCUGCUUCGAAAAGUCAGUUUGGGCUACUGUCGCCAUUCUUGCUGUGCUCAAGGCUGGUGGUGCCUUUGUAAUGCUGGAUCCUGAGUAUCCUGAACCACGAUUACAAUCAAUCAUCUCUCAAACCAGUGCUAGCAUGAUACUCUCGUCGGACCAGCAUGAGCCCUUGGGUGCUCGAUUUUCUGAAAGAACAAUUGCUGUUGGCCCAGCCCUGCGCACAGUGUCCCCCAAUUCGAACCCACUCCCUAAAAUUGAUCCCGAGUCACCGAUGUAUAUCGUCUUUACAUCCGGCAGCACUGGCGUGCCGAAGGGAGUGGUUGUUUCGCACAGGGCCAUGAGUUCAAACAUCUUUUACCAGGCAGAGCCUCUGGGGUUCAAGGCUGAUUCCAGGGUCUUUGAUUUCGCCUCGUACAUCUUCGACGUUUUCGUCUAUAACACGGCCGUCACGCUAUCAACUGGAGGCUGCAUAUGCGUGCCGUCUGAAUCACAGCGAAAGAAUAAUCUCACAGAAACAAUGGCCGCAAUGGAGUCGAGCUUGGUUCUACUCACGCCUACCAUUGCCAGGCUAAUCGACCCGAAGCACCUGCCGACUCUCCAGUCACUCAUUCUCGUAGGUGAAGCGUCAACUGAAUCUGAUAUUGAAAAGUGGUGGCCGCAUGUCUCGGUUAUCAACGCAUAUGGGCCAUCCGAAUGCACGACCAACAGUGUGGUGAAUUCAAUGGCGGCAAAUCCAUCAGAAGCAGCUCAUAUCGGCAAGGGUGCCGGUGCUGUAACAUGGGUUGUUGAUCCAUCUGAUCACAACAAGCUCAUGCCUAUGGGAACGGUCGGAGAGCUGCUGCUUGAGGGACCACUCCUCGGUCUUGGCUAUCUCAAUGACCCCGGCAAGACAUCUGCAGCUUUCAUCACAGACCCUGAUUGGCUUCUCGAGGGGUGCGGUACCGAUCAUCCAGGACGGUCUGGUACUUUGUAUAAAACUGGUGAUCUUGUCUCUUACACUGAAAAUGGGAGCCUUGUCUAUAUGGGACGCAAAGAUACGCAGGUCAAGAUUCGCGGACAGCGUGUUGAGUUAGGAGAGGUAGAAAGCCAUGUCCGGGCAUGUCUCACUGAGGCUCAAUCUGCCAAGGAGCUCGUUGCGGAGGUGAUUACACCUUCCGGUGAGGGGGCUCGGCCGUUACUCGCGGUAUUCCUCACCCAGCCUGAUCCUGAAAGCUCCUCUGAUGGGUCUUUACGUGUCUUGAAGGUUGAUUCUCGCAUCGAUGAUUUGUUGAAUGGCCGACUACCGAGCUACAUGGUUCCUGCAGUUUAUUUAGCUAUCCCUGAUCUUCCAAUGACAACAACAGGGAAAACAGAUCGCCGCCGACUGCGCGAAAUGGCACGAUCCUUCACUACCCAGCAGCUAGCAGACCUAAGAAGCCAGGGCGAGAAGAGGAUGCCCACGUCUGCCGCUGAGCAACAGCUUCAGGGACUCUGGGCUCGGAUACUCAACGUAGAGUCUAGCAGUAUCGGCUUGGAUGAAAACUUCUUCAGGAUGGGUGGCGAUUCCAUCACCGCCAUGCAGAUUGCUAGCGCAGCUCGCUCGCUAAACUUGCCCAUCACGACGAGCGACAUCAUGCGCAAAAAGACAAUUGGUCGUAUCUGUAAUGGGCUUUCGCCGAUUAAAAAUAUGUCGACGGCUCUGGUCUUGAGCAACGAAGUUACUGUCAAUCAACCAUUUGGAUUAAGCCCCAUUCAACACUUGUAUCUCAGCCUCCAGACGGAUAACGAAGCCUUCUUCGACCAAUUUGUCUUCCUGGAAAUUCGCCAGCGGGUUGAAUUCUCUGCAUUACUUGCGGCAUUCAAUGUUCUCGUUGAGCGCCACCCUAUGCUUCGUGCUCGUUUUGCCAAGUCAUCGACGAAUCACUGGCAACAGUACAUCACAGAGCCAUCGCAGGUUAGCUCGUCUUUCUUACAUCUUGUCGAAACAGACAAUCAGGCGGCAAUAUCAGCUACUCUCUCCCAGUGCCGGUCUAAGCUUGAUAUAGAGAAUGGCCCGGUGAUCUCAGCCGCUUUAAUAGACAACGACGAAGGCCAGCGCUUAUUUAUCAGCAUUCAUCACCUGGUCAUUGAUGCUGUCUCAUGGCGAGUGAUAUCUGAAGACCUCGAAUGCCUCCUUCGAAACCAAGAGCUCCCUCCCGCGCCAUCGGUUAGCUUUCAGUCGUGGCAAGUCGUUCAGGCUGAUCACUUCAGGGAAAGUGCAAUUGCGGGACAUACUCAGUCUCCUGAGAAUGAAUCCGUGCUAUUGGAGCAAUGGGGCAUUGCCUCCAGCUCAGAUUCCCCUAAUUCAACCGUGACCGAAGGAUUCUCUCUCAACGAACAAGCUACCUCCCGCCUUCUAGGUGACAGCAACAACGCCUUUCAAACACGCCCCGUUGAGCUCUUGAUCGCAGCUCUCAUUUAUUCAUUUUCACUGCACUUCCCCGAACGCCCGUUGCCUUCGGCAUACAAUGAGACGCACGGUCGCGAGGCUUGGGAUGAGAACAUCGACUUGUCUCGCACUGUUGGUUGGUUUACAAAUAUCUUCCCGGUGAACAUCAAGAGAGAUACUUGUUGGGACUUGUUCCAAGCCAUCCGCAGCGUCAAAGAUUUCCUCCGUGGAUCUUCAAACAAUCAGUCCUACCUUGCCUCGAAGCUCAGUGGGGGUUUUACCAAUGAGACUGCUCUUAAGGAGUUUCCAGCCGAGAUAAUGUUCAACUUUCUGGGAUUGUACCAGCAACUUGAGCACGAGGGCUCGCUAUUCAGUCUCUCCUCAGCACCAGAUGAUGUCGCCGCAAGUCCACGAUACCAUCAACGAUUCGCUUUGUUCGACUUCAAUGUUGCGAUUGAGCGCGGCUCUGCCUCAAUCUCCGUACUGUACGAUAAGAAUAUGAAGCACCGUGAUCGUAUCGAAGCUUGGAUCUCUCAGUAUGAAAAGACCCUCCUGGAGAUGACACAGACGCUACCUGGCCGGCCCAUGGAGUGGACAUUGAGUAACUUCCCUCUUGCUCUCGCCAACAUCGACGAUCUUCGAGUCUUCCAGCAGGAUGUUCUUCCAGGACUAGGCCUAAGUCCAGAUGACGUUGAGGACUGCUUCCCCUGCUCAGAUUUACAGCAAGGUAUUGUCAUGAGUCAAUUCAAGGAUCCCAACAGCUACCGUACAUCGUUUGUUUUCGAGGCAGUACCUGAAGAAGGGCAACAAAUUAGUAUUCCCGGUCUUGUCAACGCUUGGAAAGCCGUCGUGCAGAGGCAUUCUCUCCUCCGGGCAUGCCUCGUGACGGACAUGCCAGGAAGCACACGCAUCUUCAAUGUUAUUCUCCGGAGCCCAAGUCCAAGUAUUUCCAUCUUCAAAGAAGAAAGCAAAACCUUUGAAUUGAAUCAAUUCAGAGCUCGUAUGGGAUUGGAUAGAUAUGGCCAGUCAACCCUUGAACAUCACCUAUCGGUUUGCCAGCUGAGUGAUGGUCGAGUUCUACUUGGACUGGAGAUUAACCAUGCCAUCCUGGAUGCCCAUUCGACCGGGAUCAUUCUUCAUGAUUUGCAAGCGGCAUCUUCAGGGACUCUUCUGUCGGAAGGGACUUCUUACCGCGAGUUCAUCUCCCAUCUUCAAGGUUACUCGUAUGAUGAUGACCGCGAGUACUGGAAACAGGCCAUGGCCGAUGUAAAACCAUGCCACUUCCCCAGCAUCGCACCCCCGACAAACGAGCAAACGCAAUACAUCACCAUUAAAACUACCGGUAUUGAUUCUGAAACCAUCAUCGGAUUCUGCCAGCGGUCUGAUAUCACCAUUGCUACGGUGAUGCAAACUGCAUGGGCGCUGGUCCUAUCCCGCUACACUGGCUCCUCGGCGCCAAGCUUCGGCAACCUCGUCUCCUGCCGAGACCUUCCUAUCGACAACGUCUCCGAUAUUUUCGGACCGAUGAUAGGCAUGAUGGUUUGCCGCGUGGCAGUAGAUCAGGAGGGCACAGCGCUUGAUGUACUGCGCGGAGUCCAGGAGGAGCAUUUGAAGGGCCUGUCUCACCGCAUGUACCCGAUUUCAGAUCUUCACAGCACGCUUGGUCUUGGCUCUUCUGCCUUAUUCAACACAGCGGUGUCAUUCCAGCGUGCUUCUGAUGAUAGCGAGGAGACUCCCAAGAAUGGUGUCAGGUUUGUUCUCCACGACGGAACAGAUGAUACAGAGUAUGAUGUCACACUAAACGGAGCAUACGAUGGUAAGAGUAUCGAUAUCACCAUGACUGCUAAAUCAUCCUGUAUGGCUUCAAGCCAAGCAGCUAUUGUUGCUUCCUGCCUCAGCCAAGCAAUGAACGCUUUGGCAACUAAUCCAAACGUUUCGCUUGCCGAGCUGGAUAUUGGCAACAAAGAGGAAAAUCGCGAGCAGUGGAACCUCAACCAGGCUGUGCCGCCGCAUAUUAAGCGCUGUGUUCAUGAAUUAAUUGCAGAGCAAACUCUGGAACGCCCCAGUGCCCCGGCAGUCUACAGCUGGGAUGGGGAACUGACCUAUGACCAGUUGGAUGACCUUUCAACCAGACUGGGGCAUCGUCUUGUUAGUCUUGGUGUUGGGCCACACAGAAUGGUGCCCAUGUGCUUCGAGCACUCGAAAUGGGCCGUCGUUGCUUUGCUCGCGGUCCUCAAAGCAGGUGGUGCAUUCGUUCCCCUCAACACCUCGCAAGACGCCUCACGAGAGAAGGUCCUUUCUCAGAUAAAUUCGACUAUUGUAUUGACAUCCGUUGAGAAUGCAAACCUGCAUUUUGGGGAGGACCGUGUAGUCAUCCCUGUCGGCGAAGAGCUGCUCAAGACCCUCCCUGCCUCUCCUCAUGGACAGCUAACCAAAUACUCUCCAACUUCCCUAUGCUACGUCUUGUUCACCUCCGGAAGUACUGGGACACCCAAGGGUGUUAUGCUUGAACAUCAAUCUGUCAGUUCUGGGUGCUCGUACCACGGGGGUAGAAUCGGCGUAGAUCAUACUACCCGCAUGGUUCAAUUCGCCGCUUAUACCUGGGAUGCAACGAUCUUCGAGAUCCUGACCACCCUUGUCCACGGAGGUUGCGUCUGUGUGCUCUCUGAUGAAGAUCGUGUCAGCAACCUCAGCCCGCGACUCAUAGAAUAUGGCGUCAAUAUGGGUGUGCUCACGCCUUCCGUUAUCCGCACCCUCGACGAUGCAGCGCUGAGCCAGUUCCGGGUUCUCCUAAUGGGAGGAGAGAGUAUGCCGGAUUCUGAUUACAAGCGAAUCGUUCAGCAUGCAAAUAUCAUGGACGCGUAUGGCCCUACCGAGGCAACAGUUAUCUGCGCCUUGGGUUCCGCCAGACGGGAAAAUCGCCCCGAAAACCACAUCGGAACAGCCGUUGGAUGCGCCUGCUGGGUCGUUAAUCCCGAAGAUGACCAGAUCCUUGCCCCGUUUGGCGCUGUUGGAGAGCUUCUAGUUGAGGGUCCUAUUCUAGCCCGUGGUUAUCUCAAUGAUCCUGAAAGGACCACGGCCGCGUUUGUGGAAGACCCCGCGUGGCUGGAGUCUGGUAAUCCUGAUGGUCCAGGUAGACGCGGUCGGCUCUAUAAGACAGGCGAUCUGGUGCGAUUCAACCCAGACUCCAGUCUCAGCUUCGUUGGCCGCAAGGAUACACAGGUCAAGAUCCACGGCCAGCGAAUUGAGCUCGGCGAAAUCGAGCAAAAUGUUCGCCAAUGCAUUCCCGCAGCACGAACCUCCAAGCAUGUGGCCGUCGAAGUCAUCGAGGAGACUUCCAAGAUCGUCGCUUUCAUACUGGUGGACGGUGCUGAGGCCGUGAACACGCUUGAAAUCCCACGGAUCGCUGCUCAGAAUCUGACCGCUUCGCUCGCCCCGCACAUGAUUCCUACAUUGUAUGUUGCGCUACCAGAGAUGCCAUUGACUACCGCUGGCAAGAUCAAUCGGAAGGAAUUGCGAGCAAUCGGUGCCCCGUUGUUAGCGAAGAGGCUUGAGCAUGUUCGCGCCUCGGCCUCUUCAGUGAACCGCCAACCCUCUACCAGUGUGGAGAGGCAGCUGCAGCAAAUUUGGGCGCAUGUUCUCAAGGUAGAGAGCUCGUCAAUUGGGCUGGACUCUGAUUUCUUCGAGUCCGGAGGAGACUCUAUCCGUGCCAUGCAGCUCGUGAACGAGGCACGCCGCAACAACCUCACACUCUCCGUGGCAGACAUUUUCAAGGCCCCUGUGUUGUCCCGUAUGACCGCCUGCCUAUCUUCGACGACUACCGAGGAUCAAGCCAGGGAAAUUCCCCUACCCUUUUCUUUGGUGCCGGGUGAGAUUGUUGAAAAACUUCAAUCCGGAAAUGCAAUCACGGCGUCGAAUGUCGAAGACAUUAUUCCCACCACCAGCUUCCAGGAACAUAACCUACAGAUGUCUAUUAAGACUCCUCAAUCGGCGCUCAAUUACUUCUCUUUACGUCUUGGACCAUCUAUCGACGUCAGUAAAUGGACAUUAGCUUGUCGCCAAGUGCUUAAAACCCAUUCCAUUCUGCGCUCCGUCUUCAUGCCACUCGACGGAGCAUAUUGGCAGGUGGUACUACGCGAACUUGAGCCUUCAGUGAACAUUAUCGACAUUCAAGGAGAUAUAACGAGGGGCAUACAAGAAUCAUUUGAAGAGGACACCCGACAACCAUUGAUCCCCGGUGCUCCUUUUGCAAAGUUCACACUCUUCAGACACGUCACAGGAGAUCACAUGGUGAUUCGUUUGUCACAUGCACAGUAUGAUAGCGUUUCUCUCCCACUCAUCUUCCAGACUUUCUUCGAUGCAUACCAGGGCAAGCCACUGGUUCCUGAGAUACCGUUUUCCCUAUUCAUAUCCCAUGCAAGAGCUUCCAGGCCGAACGCCUUGAGCUACUGGCGCAAACUCUUGCAAGGAGCCCAAGCCAGCGCCAUAAGACCUAAGUUAUGUUCAGCACAAUCAACAUUGCCAGCUCUGGUCCCAGUGGAAGUGGAAUGCUCCUUGACUACUCCACGCCUCCCUUCAGGGGUCUCUCUCGCCUCAUUGGUUUCCUCCGCGUGGGCCCGCGUGCUCUCCGGAAUCGUGGGUCGCAAUGAUGUGGUGUUUGGGCAAGUGGUUUCCGGGCGCAACUCACCGCUCCCUGGCCUUCAAGAGGUUGUCGGCCCAUGUGUCAAUAUCGUCCCCGUGAGAGUUCGUCUUGACACCAACUCACCUCGUGAGCUUCUCACCGCGGUUCAAGAUCAAUCCAUGGCACGUGGAGCGUCAGAGACAAUGGGUCUAGACGAGAUUAUCAAGGAAUGCACCGACUGGGAAGCCGAGACUGAACUAGACUCUGUAGUGGAACAUUUCGGGUCUGUCAAUUUGCCCGAGGUGCAGACUGGGGACGAAGAGGCUCAAGUCGAAUAUCUCAAGCAUCCGGAAUCUGCAACACGACAUCUUGGAAUCUUCUCUACUGCGGAUGGCGAUACCCUGACGCUGAAGAUGACCGGUGACAGUCACCUGUUGGAUUCAAAUACGGCGCACAAAAUACUCAUGCUGUUGCAAGAGAAUGUUCUGGCUCUAACCAGGUGA